CUGAUUUUACUCUAUUUCCGAGCUGCCAACUUUGACCAAAAGAUGUGUUGGUGUUGAUGAUGGCGGAUAUCGACGAAGUCGCUCGUAGGAGAGAGAUCAGAAGACGAAAAAUAUUAGAUAAUUCCGAAGCUAGAUGGAUAAAAAUUAUGGGUCACGACAAAGAAGAACAGAAAGAUAAAAGCAAGACAAAUAUUUGUCAAGAAGAAGCUCAUUUAAAGGAUCAGUGCUCACCUAAAGAAAAUCAUACAAUUCCUAAUAUUUCUCUCCAAUAUUCAGUUAGUAAACAAACAAGUGAGAUUGAAAAAACUGUACCUGUUAAUGUUAAUAGUGACAAAAAUGUACAUUCUGUUCAUUGUGAAAUAUCAAAGAGAAGAAGUGAAAUAAAAGACACCACUACUAGUGAGCAAACAUCAUUUCCAACUUUUCCUGAAAGGAGUAAAUCUUCAACUUUUACUAGUUAUUCUGAAAGUAUGGCAGCAAAUGGUACAACAAGAAAACGUUUUGGUCCUUCUCAUCAUGCCUAUGCAUUCCCUAAAAAGGUAUCUGAUGCAGAAAGUCGUUCAUAUGGAAGGACCAAAGCAGAUGCAUGUCGAAGAAGUAGUUGCACACAGAUGAUGAUGGAAACAUUGCAACUCUCAUCGUUAAGCUUAGCAAGUGUUCGACCUUUGAUAAUGAUGAUAGUUGCAGUUUUUAUUCGAAUAUUGUUGUCAUUAAGCAACAGUUUUUUUUUCCUUCCCCAUGUAAGUUUUUUUAAUUUAUAUUUUUAUUACUGUAAAUAUUUUAAAUAUAAUUUUCAUUCACUUAUAUCAGAUUUCUUUUUUCAGGGAAUGUCACGUUCACCACAAAAUAUGCUGGGAGCAGCUCUAAUCCUUUGUGGAGUACCUGCCAGUUUUGUCACAAGAUUGACCCAUCAUUUGGCUUUUCUUUGUGAUAUAGGAAGAGACUUUUCAAUUUAUUUGUUUUCAUUUGUCAUUUUUCACAUACUGUAUCAAGAUUGGCUAGUUUGAGUAUAUGCACUAUAUUGCAUAUGCCAGUUAGUCGAUAAAGUAUACAGUAUAAAUAGUGUGGAAUUAUCAAUACAGUUUUUUCUCAUUGGUGUUCACAGUAAGGACAGAUUAAAAAAAA